AAUAAUCACACACACUCACUAACACCUUCAGUCCCAUCUCUUCCAUGUAACUUUCAAGAACAAAACUUAAAUGGGCUAUCUUCAAUUUUUCAUUUUUGCAUUAAUCUCAGUGUCUUCAUUGAGAUCUUGCAAAGGCAUUGAUCAUGAUGGUAGUAAUGAUAAUAAUGAUGAUGAUGUUAUAGGACUUAUAGCAUUCAAAGCAGACAUUAUUGACUCAUCAUCACAUCUAUCAUCAUGGAAUCAAGAUGACAUCUCCCCAUGUUCUUGGAAGUUCAUAACAUGUAAUCCGGCAACCGGAAGAGUCACCGAGCUGUCGUUAAUCGGCUUAAAUCUCUCCGGAAAGAUCGGUAGAGGCCUCGAAAAGGUUCAAAACCUCCAGGUACUAAAUCUAGCUCAUAACAACUUUACAGGAAGCCUUAACCUUCAGUUGUCAUUACUAAACAAUCUGGAAAGCGUUAAUCUUUCGCGUAACGGGCUUUCUGGUAACAUCCCGCCUUUUUUAACCAACUCUAGGAGGUUAAAGUUUCUUGAUUUGUCGAAAAACUCAUUAUCUGGCCCGGUUCCUGAUGAGUUUUUCUUAAGCUGUUCGUCUCUUCGAGUACUUUCGUUGUCCGGAAAUAACAUUAACGGGCCAAUUCCUAACUCGGUUUCUCAAUGUACCACUCUUAACCAUCUUAAUCUUUCCAAAAACCGGUUUUCUGGUAGUCCCAACUUCGCUGCGGGUCUUUGGUUGUUGACCCGGAUCAGAACGUUGGAUCUUUCGCAUAACACAUUAACGGGUCGUGUACCAGAUGGCGUAUCAAACUUGCAUUACUUGAAAGAGCUUUUCCUACAAGGGAAUCAUUUCUCAGGUGGUUUGCCUUCUGAUUUAGGAUUAUGCUCACAUUUAAGGAAGUUAGAUUUGAGUAAUAAUCUGUUUACAGAAUCAGUUCCAGUAUCUAUUCAGGGUCUUUCGUCUCUAACUUAUUUAAAUCUAGCGAAUAAUGUAUUAACCGGCGAUUUUCCUGAAUGGAUCGGGGAACUAAACGGUUUGGAAUACUUGGAUGUUUCGGGCAAUGGGUUGACCGGAACACUCCCGGAGUCAGUUGGGGGUUUAGGGGUACUCACUUACAUGAGUCUUUCGGGUAACAACAUAAGUGGGAAUAUUCCUAAGUCGUUGAUCUACUCGAGUAAGCUCUCUGUGGUUCGGUUAAGAGGGAAUAGAUUCAAUGGUAGCAUACCCGAGGGUAUGUUUGAGCUCGGGUUGAGCCAGAUUGAUCUUUCGAGGAACCAGUUGACCGGUUCGGUCCCUCCUGGUUCUAGUCGGCUUUUUGAGACUCUUGAGUCUAUGGAUCUGUCUGCAAACGGGCUAACGGGUGACAUUCCGGCUGAAAUGGGACUUUUGUCCAAGUUGAGAUACUUGAACUUGUCAUGGAAUAAUUUUGAGACAAGAAUGCCCCUGAAGCUUGGGUAUUUUGAGAAUCUAACGGUGUUGGAUCUACGAAAUGGAGCGUUUCAUGGGUCACUCCCCGCUGAUAUAUGCGACUCUGGAAGCCUACAAAUUUUGCAACUCGAUGGAAAUGAUUUAACGGGAACGAUACCUGAAGAGAUCGGGAAGUGUUCAUCCCUCUACUUGCUGAGCAUGUCCCACAACGAUUUCCGGGGAUUUAUUCCAAGAUCAAUGUCACGUCUGAAAAAACUCAAGAUUCUCAAACUAGAUUCGAACCAGCUAAGUGGCGAGAUACCACAAGAGCUAGGCGAAUUAGAAAACCUGUUAGCGGUAAACAUAUCCUACAACCGACUACAAGGAAGGCUUCCCGAUAGAGGCAUAUUUCCAAGCUUACAGGCAAGUUCUUUAGAGGGUAAUAUGGGCAUUUGCUCACCAUUUCUAAAAGGACCAUGUAAAAUGGAUGUCCCAAAGCCUUUAGUUCUUGACCCGUUUUCAUACGCGAAUCAAAUGGGAAAUCAUGAAGGGGGAACGAAAUCUUCGAAAGGUUCUAAGCAUCAUAAGUUUCUUAGUACGUCGGUUAUAAUCGCUAUUUUAGCGGCUGUUUUGAUCUCCAUUGGUGUGCUGGUGAUAAGCUUACUCAACAUUUCAGCAAGAAAACGGCUGCAGUUUGUUGGUAACGCGCUUGAGAGUUGCUCGAGCUCAUCUCGCUCUACACGCAGCCUAACGAUCGGGAAGCUUGUUUGGUUUGAUUCCAAGAUUGCCCCUGGUUGGGUUGCUAACCCGGAAACAUUGCUACACAAGGCAGCUGAGAUCGGGAAGGGUGUUUUUGGAAAUGUUUACAAGGCUUCGUUAGGCGAAGAGGGUAGAGAUCUUGCAAUCAAAAGCCUUGUUGUAUCGAACAUGAUUCAGUAUCCGGAAGAUUUCGAUCGAGAGGUUCGAGUUUUAGGGAAAGCAAGACAUCCGAAUCUCGUGUCGGUGAAAGGAUAUUACUGGACUCCUAGCUUGCAGCUUCUAGUGACGGAUUACGCGCCUAAUGGUAGCUUGCAAGCCAAGCUACAUGAAUGGUCAACGUCGAGUCAACCUCUUUCGUGGACGAAGCGGUUCAAGAUCUUGCUAGGGACAGCAAAGGGUCUGGCCCACUUGCACCAUUCGUUCCGCCCGCCUAUCGUUCAUUACAAUCUCAAACCUAGUAACAUUCUUCUAGACGAUGACUUCAAUCCGAAAAUAUCGGAUUAUGGUUUGACUAGAAUCGUGGCGAAACUUGACAAGCAAGUAAUGAGCAACCGGUUUCAAAGUGCAUUAGGAUAUGUGGCUCCAGAGUUAGCUUGUCAAAGCUUACGCGUCAAUGAGAAAUGUGACGUUUAUGGCUUCGGGGUCUUGAUUCUUGAGGUUGUUACGGGUAGACGGCCAGUUGAGUAUGGAGACGACAAUGUGUUGAUACUUGAGGAGCAAGUUAAGAUGAUGCUAGAAGAAGGGAAUGUUCUAGAAUGUGUUGAUGAGAGCAUGGGGCGGUAUCCGGAAGAAGAGGUUUUGCCGGUUCUUAAACUGGCAUUGGUAUGCACUUCUCAGAUACCUUCGAGCAGGCCUUCGAUGGCGGAAGUGAUCCAGAUAUUACAUGUCAUCAAGACCCCUGUUCCUCAUCGAAUGGAAGCGUAUUAAGAGUGUUACAAUUCUAACUUUAAUUAUGUAUAAUUGUAGUACUUUGUUGUUCUGAGAAAUUAAUGUUUUGUUCAGGGUGGUUUUAUUGAUUACCUAGCUUCUUUUUA